AUGUCCCUUUGCGGUCUCCCAAAACCGGUUACUCAGUCCGAGGGUGGCUUUAACCCAACUUUAGCCCAGUCAGAGUCAAGCCAAAUAAAGCUGGCCUCGGCAGGGACUCAACUCGAAGGGUGUUGCUUCCGAGUCGGGUGCUGUGAUCACUGCCACAUAAACCUGCGGUGUUGCUAUUCUAGAAAAACUGAAUCUAACACUUUUUCUUCUCUUUCAACGAAACAGAAUGUGUGUGAUUAUGGCGAGUGGCGCACAGAUGUGGCUUGUUCGGCCACUUGUGACGGCGUCAAACCAUUGGCCAUCGGGGUCAAGCAUCAAGUCCGACCUUUAAUCCACAACGCAAUAUGGCAAGAUGACUACGCAUGUGUACUGGAACGAUACCUCCCCUGCAACAUCUCAUGUACAGUUGACUGCCAAGUUAUCAAAUACUCCGAAGGCCAAUGUACGAUACCUUGUCGGAAUGGUGAGACAGAAGAGUGCUCUCAGAUGUGUGGACUCGGUCUCCGCCAGCUCAUCCCAGAGGUGAUUCGUCCCAGUGAGAAUGGUGGACGAGACUGCGAGAAAAAAUACGAAGUUUGUGAUCUGGGUGACUGCACUGGAGGUGGUAGCUAUGAUGUUGGGGAGCCCCAUUUCCCCGUUUGU